AGUUCACAGCAGAAAGUGUGCAUUCUCUCACAUGCACACUUCCUCUUCCUCUUUCACUCGCGUCACAUAGAGAGGGGGGAGGGGCAUUCCCUCCGACUGACAAGCAAGGGGUACUUAAAAGAGCAUUGGGAAAGGAUGGGUUUGACACCUGAGGCCUUUUCUGGAUUAGGAGUGGAACAGGACUCGGAGCCAAUGUUGCGGAGCGGCUGGUAAAAGUAAAACCACCCAGGAAGGAAGCCAAGCAAUGACAAUGACUCGGAGCGGAAAUCCUCUUCCUAGCAAAACCACGAGUGACGCCACCACAAGUCUCAGCCUGGGAAUGCCCAAAGACGAUGCCAGCUCUGCUGACAGCUUCACGCCCCAAGCGCAGCUCCUGAGCUCCAGACCUUUGACCCAGAGAAUCCGAGGACAGGAGGGCAGCUGGUGAAUCAGCAGGGAAAGUCUCCCAGGCCGGAGCACCAGCCCCGAGGGGCUCCGACGAGUAUUUGUAUUUAUUAGUUUGUCAAACAUGUACAAGAUAGCAGAUAUAAAUAUAAACAUGGAUAUGAACAAAAUAAAUGGGGACGAAUAAAUGGGGACAGUAGGACAGGGAUGGUAGGGACGCUGUUGCGCUUAUGCACGCCCCCUUUACAGACCUCUUAGGAAUGGGGUGAGGUCCACGGUAGACAGUUUAAGGUUAAAGUUAUGGGGGUUUGAGGAUGUAACAACAGAGUUGGGUAGAGCAUUCCAGGCGUUGACCACUCUGCUGCUGAACUCGUAUUUUCUGCAAUCGAGUUUGGAGCGGUUUACCUUGAGUUUCUAUUGUAGGAAGUUAGCAUCCACCCCUCUCCUAGAAGAAUGAAAUAUUUUAGGAAAUAUUAAAAGGGCAAAAUAUUUCCCCUAAAAGGGAGGCAGAAAUUCAGCCCCCCACCUUUGUCAAUGGGCCAUUAAGAUCUGAGCCAGUCCAUUCUACAUAACAAAGGUAGGAUUAGCCCUCUACUCAUCUAGCAACAGAAGAUACCACAUGGCACCUGGGAAGAGCCUUGGUAGUACAGUGGUUUAAAGCACUGUUAUUAACACAGCUGCCUGCAAUUACUGCAAGUUCAAAUCUUACCAGGCUCAAGGUCAACUCAGCCUUCCAUCCUUUCUAAGGUAGGUAAAUUGAGGACCCAGUUUGUGGGGGCAAUAAGCUGACUUUGUAUAAAUAUACAAAAGGAUGAAGGCGAUUGCUUAGCGCAUUGUAAGCCGCCCUGAGUCUCCGGGGAAGGGCGGCAUAUAAAUCAAAUUAAAAAAAAAAAAAGAUUACAUCACCUACAGCAAGGUUCAACCAAGCCUGGAACUCAAAAUACAGCCUACAGAGUUGCCCCUGUAUGGCUCCAAUGGGAACUUGACAACCAAUCAGAAUACAAGCUCAAAGUCAAAGCCCAAGAGAGGGCAUGAAACCAAGGCACGCUCAGCAUCUCUGCCCUUUUCUGCUCAGGAUCUCAAACCGUGUGAUCCUGUCCACCAUUAAACCAUCUUUCCAAGCAGUUUCCGUGUUUCCAGUGUCUUUUUCCCCACUUGGAACUGAACCCAGAUGGACAUGUCUUCCAGCAGUAUCUAUUGUUUGCCCUAUUGAGGUUGAAGCUGAAGAAGUCGUUGGCAGGCCAUCUCCAGCAAUGGAAGAGUGAAGGCAGAAGUCCCUGAGCUUGGAUGCCCUGGUCUGCUGCUUGCGAGGGCCCAGAGGCAUCUCUUGACAUGCUGAACUGGUAAGACUCCAAGGAGUCCCUCCCUUGGCAAUUAAGUCAUCAUUCACGAGCAGUUUCACACCGAAUAUCCAAACACGCAUCAUCGCUUUCAAUAAUUUCCCAGAUGUCUAAUUUUUAUGCAAAGUUGUAUUGUUUUCAAGGAUUUCUCUAUUUUCACAAUCGACCGCAUCCUUCCUGUUCUUAGAAGCUGGGAGGGGGAAGGAAAUUCUGUGUGAGACAAACUUCCGUCUCCCCAUCUGCCACAACCUAUAUAAGAGCUACCCGGGGAGAGCAGAGGCCAAUCUGAAAAGGAUCAGAGGAUCAGGAUCGGGAAGGAAUCUGCCAGCCUUUUUUCUGCAGCAUCAGCAAGAUGCAGUUCUGUGCAGCGGACCAGACGUACCUGACAAAGAACACCUUCUGUGCCAGUAAGAUGGAUGUCCAGGUAGCAGUGACCAAGAAUGAGCCCAUGAAGAGCUUCAGGAAGGCUGUGCUGAUUGUCAUUGCGACCGAGAGCAUGAAGAAUUCUUCUCCCAAGCUCUUCUCGGAUGACGACUUGAUGGACAUUCUAAACACAAUCUUAGAACCGGUCACUUUUGACGUCUACGGGCACACAGAAGCCACUAGUUCCAUCUAUCGUAUCUGGAGGAAUUUCGUCUACAACAUCCGAGACUCUGACCACAAGUCCCUCGUCUUCAAGGAGCCCGCACAGUUGGUGGCCAUGCAUCUUCAGGGUCCCAACAUUGAGCAAGCAGUGAAAUUAAAAAUGUCUGUGUAUCGUCCACAAAUCGAGGCUGGGACUCGAAAGGCCCCUGUGGCAUUGAGCAUCCAGAAGGGGAAGCUGUAUAUCUCUUGCGUCUGGAAAGAGGGACAGGCAGUGCUGCAGUUGGAGGAAGCCACCAUCGGAGACACCCUCGACAAAUCUCAGCUGGGCCGUUUCCUUUUCUACAAAAUUGAGAACGAAAAGCAGACAAGGUUCGAAUCGGCCGAGUGCCCAGGAUGGUUCAUCUGCACGUCCACCCAGUCUGAGCAGGCCGUUGCCAUGACCAAGCAGCCCGGAGGCCCUCAGGUCAUUGUGGAUUACAGCCUCAGCAGCAGCGAGUGAGCGGAGCCUGCCCUGCCCUGCUCCAGACUUUGGACAUCUUGGGCAGGCAAAGCAACACGAGGCGUCCCCGUUGUCGGGGACUUUUUCUUCGGCGGGAAAGUCCGAGAUACAAACUGAGGGGAGGGGGGUAAUAUUUAAUGUACAUAUUUAUUAAUAAUUUAAUAAAUAUUUGCCAAUUUUUUACCAGUUUAUAUGAUGAUAAAUUAAGUUUUGUAUUUUUUAUGAAAAUAUUGAAGCCUUUGUUAAUAAUUUAAUAAAUAAUUUAUGACAGAU